UUGUGAUUGUUUUGCUUCCAAAAAAAUUUCCCGAUUGAAAUAGACUAAAUAUGAAUAUAUCAUUAAUUAGUGAAUAUAAAAUUUCAUUUAUAUUACAAAGAAUAUUUCAAACAUUUUUUGGUGCGACAACAACGACAACGACGAAGACAGCAUCAUGGAUUAUUCAAUUAUUCAUAUAUCUAUUUCCAUCUUGUAUUGGUAUGAUUAUAUCGAUAUUAAUCGAUUUAUUAUUGAUCGAUUCAUAUAUUGGUAUAUUAUGUGUAUCGGUUUUUGGUUUCAUUUUUACAAUGAUCAUGAAUAUUCAGCCACAAAAAUCCGCAAAUAAAACACGUCCAUUAAUCUAUGAUGGUCAAUGGCCAACAACAGAUAAUCAAACAUCUAUUCAAAUGUUCAAACAAAAUCAUCCAAAACCGAAUGAUCAUAAUAAAUAUUUGUCGAAUGUUAAAACGAUUCGACAAUAUCAAUCACAAAUAAUUUUGAUUAUAAUUGCUCGAAGUUUAAUUUCAUGUUCACUUCUUGCAAUUUUCAUAAUGAUUUUUGUAUGGUUUACAUUUACAACUGUUCAUUAUUCAUUGAUUAUUGGUGCACCACCUGAAACAACAGCAUAUUCAAUAAAAUUUCGUUCAAUUGAUAGUAUAUUACCACCAAUUCCAUCAUUAGUAUUCUAUAUUCUGGAACAGAUUAACAUCAUAUUGUUAGCCGGUACUGCAACCUGUUAUAUAUGGUCAUCAUUUAUAACAAUAUUAUUUUCAUUUACUGCCAUUAUAUUAAAUCAUUUCUAUUUUACCGGUAGAAAUUAUUUUCUUAUUAAUUUAAUAAUCGGUUUUUUAUCAAAAGUGAGAUAUUUUUGUUUGGAUAUAAUACGAAUGUUUUCGAUUGAUUUUUGUCAUAAAUUCUAUAUGGUAAUUACUAUUCUAUUUACAUCUGUAAUGUUACGUAAACAAAAAAUUCGUUAUAGUUGGACUAUAUUCAUAAUAAAUGUGAUAUUAUUACCUAUAAAUAUUAUCAUUAUAAUCAUAUCCAGUAUGCUCAAUAUACCGAUACUUCCAUUAUUUACAUUACCUAUUUUUUUACCAUCAUUUCCAAGACCAAUGAAAUUUUGGUCAACCACUCCGAUGAUGUUACCAAUGACAAUUGAUGAUACAAUAAAUGAUGCAGCCUAUUAUCGACAAUUAAUGCCACGUUUAAUUGAUUCAUUACAUAGGAAAAGUCUUUUUUGGGAUUUUCGUCAUGCCGGUGAAAUUAUGUUAGCUAGAUUUGAUGAUCGUUUAAUGUGGUUUCAAGUAUUAGAAUCUGGUCAUAAUUAUUGUCAAAUACAAAUGAAAGGUCUUGAAUUACAGGAAACAUCUUGUCAUACAUUAGAAGCAUCAACAAUCGAUCAAAUCAAUGAAUAUUCAUUUCAUAAUAAUUUUAGUACAUUUUUUAAUAAAUAUUUUUUCUAUGCUAUUAAUCCAAUGACCAAAGCAACAGUAAAAACUUAUUCGGAUGCAACCAGUGUUCUGACCGGUAUUAUUGAUUCACCGGAUACAUAUGUUCGAAUCAAACGUUUAUUUUGUCCAAUAUUUAUAUGGCUACUGUUACAGCAUAAAAUUCGUUUAAUUCUUGAUGAAUUCAAACAACAAGAACAUCAACAACAACAACAACAAAAUAAAAAUGAUAUAAACAUACAGAUGGUUAAAGAAUCACAAAUCAAUAUAAUUGUACCAUCCGAUUCAGUAAUGGAUAAUCAUCGUUCUUCUUCAAAUAAUAACGGUGAUAAUAAUAAUGGUGAACGACAAAAUCAUUCGGCUACUUCUUCUUCAUCAUCAUCAUCAUCUAGGAAUAAUAACAAUGGUGAAACAUUGAAAAAAUUCAGCUAUGAUGAUCUACAACCAAAUAUACAAUGGACAAAUUUUAGUUAUCAAAUUUCACGUAAACGUAAAUCCAUUCAACAUCGUAUUAAUCGUUUUAUUUAUUCAAAUGAAUGUCAAACAAUGGCAAAAGAUUCAAUGAUUGAUGAAAAUCUUUUCGAUAUUGAUCUUAAUCAAAUUUGUCUACAAAGUAUACGUUAUGCAACAAAAUUAGGUUUUGAUCAAAUGAUUUUCGCAGAAGAAACAUUAACCGAUGAAGAAAUUAUUAAUAAUUUAAAAGAAUUUGAUCAAAAUUGGUAUUUUGGUUCGAUUGAUUCACCGGAAUGGCGUGAUGCAGUAUUGGCCGAAAAAUUACAAUUAUUUUCCAUUUCCAAAGAUGUUGUAAAGGAAAUCUAUCAAAGUCAUAUGUUAACAUUAAAAGAUAUGGAUAUUUUCAUUUGUUUAAUUAAUCGUUCAGUUGUUGAUGCAAUUUGGUCAUCAUUAUCGUUUGAAUUAUUCUAUUUAACUAAUGAUGAUGAAGAACGAUAUUCAAUACAGGCACAUCAAUAUAUUUUUCGAAAUCUAACCGUACAAGCAGCUGAUCCACCGCUUGGUUAUCCAGUUUUUGCUUCCGAACCAAUUCUAAUUUCGCAUAUUAUCUGAUUUUUUAGGUGUCAAAAAAAUUCCAAA